AUGGUGCAAAUUCAUGAUAACUCGGAACCAAACAGAGUUGCCGAUUUUUUCGCCAACAAAACUAUUUUUAUUACCGGUGGUAGUGGUUUCUUGGGAAAAGUUCUCAUCGAGAAGCUUCUAAGAUCAUGCACUCAACUCAAAAAGCUCUACGUCCUCAUGCGUCCAAAAAAGGGCAGAACCGCCACCGAACGCCUCCACCAAAUAUUCGACGGACCACUCUACGACUUGCUGAAAAAGCAGCACGGGAAGGACAUUUUUGACAAAGUGGAAGUCAUAAUCGGUGAUAUAGAAGCGCAAGAUUUGGGUUUUUCUGCCGAAGAUCGAAAAAAACUAACCGAAGAGGUUGAAAUCAUCUACCACUCAGCAGCUACCGUCCAGUUCGAUGAAGAUUUCAGAAAGUCCAUACUUUUAAAUGUUAGAGGUGCCAAGCUUCUGCUGGCAUUAGCCAAAGAAUGCAAGAAUCUUGUCGCUUAUUGCCACUUAUCUACUGCGUACUGUCAAGAACAAGAGGAAGUACUGUAUGAGAAGUGUUAUCCUCCACCAGCUGAUCCUCAUCGUGUUAUCGAAAUGUGUGAAUGGAUGAGCGACACAACUUUAGAUAGUAUUGCACAAAAGAUUAGAGGGUCUCAUGCGAAUACUUACACUUUUACUAAGGCCCUGGGAGAAGCACUAGUUGCAGAGCAAAUGGAUAACCUUCCGGUGAUCAUACAGAGGCCUUCUGCUGUGAUACCUAUAUGGAUUGAACCACUUCCUGGAUGGACAGACAAUUUGAAUGGACCUACUGGUCUUUUACUUGGGGCUGGAAAAGGCGUCAUAAGAACAAUGUACGGUCGAAGUGAUUAUUUUGCUGAUUAUUGCCCCGUAGAUAGCACUGCCAAUUGUUUAAUUUGCUCCACUUAUGAUUACGCAACAUACAAAAAACGACGUGUUUACAACUUUACUGCAUCAGACGAAGUAAAGGUAACAUUUAAGGAACUUAUAGAUGUUGGUCGACGAAUCGUGACUAAUGAACUACCAUUUGAUUGGACCUUGUGGUAUCCAGGAGGAGGCAUCACACACAGUAGAAUUCGCCAUGCAUUGGUAUUUUUUUUCUUCCAGUUAGUUCCAGCUAUAUUUAUAGACGCUAUCCUUUUUGUUUUUGGAUUCAAACCUAUCAUGGUACGAGUCCAAAAGAAAAUUUUACGAGGAUAUAAAAUAUUCGAAUAUUACUCUAAUAGAAAAUGGGACUUUAGAAAAGAUAACAUAGCGGUUACACGAAGUUUAAUGAACAAAAAAGAAAAUCAGAUUUUUAAGAUAGAUCCUGAAGGAUUCGUUCUUCGCGAUUAUAUUUAUACGUGCAUUCUGGGGUCGCGCAGGUAUCUCCUGAAAGAAAAGGAUGAAAACAUUCCUGUGGCAAAAAGACGCCUGAAAGUACUGUGGGCCAUUGAUAAAAUGUAUAAAUGUAUAUUAGUGGCUGGAAUAUUGUAUGUGUUAUUUAAAAUGUUUAUAAUGCCCUUCGUUUAAAGCCUGUUUGAUAUUAGGAAAUGUAAAUAUACGUAAAUCUAGAAAAAUGCAGGUGAAAAGUUGUUAGGUUAACUUAUUGUUGUUCAUUAUUAUUGUUGGCUAGUUUUAAUAUUAGUCACUGCACUUGUGAAACAUACCUUCUUUGGAGUAAUAUUUUAAUCCAGUUUCGCCAACAUUUUAUAAGAGUGUACUACCGGUAGAGAAUGUAUCCAAUUUUUCAUAAUUUAGUCAAAAAAAUUGUCACUGAAAAGUACUCAUCCAAUAGAGUACUAACAUUUUUUUAAUAACACUGAAGUUACGAAGGUCAAAUUUUCAUUUUUUCCUUGGUGGUGUGCAAUAAUAUAAGCGUUUUAUUUAAAAAAUGUAAAAUUUGAUGUCUAGGUUAUAGAUGCAACACCAUGCAUAGUAAAACAUAAUUUUAGAUUAUAAACCUAAAGGAGUUUUCUAGAAAUGUAUCUAAUUAUGUUUUAGUAAAUUACACAAAUCGACAUAAUCUUUUGGGCACUCUGUAUACAGGGGUAAUUCU